GACAGCGACGCAAGAUGGCAGCCACCACGGGCUCGGGAGUAAAAGUCCCUCGCAAUUUUCGACUGUUGGAAGAACUGGAAGAAGGCCAGAAAGGAGUAGGAGAUGGCACAGUUAGCUGGGGUCUAGAAGAUGACGAAGACAUGACACUUACAAGAUGGACAGGGAUGAUAAUUGGGCCUCCAAGAACAAUUUAUGAAAACCGAAUAUACAGCCUUAAAAUAGAAUGUGGACCUAAAUACCCAGAAGCACCCCCGUUUGUAAGAUUUGUAACAAAAAUUAAUAUGAAUGGAGUUAAUAGUUCUAAUGGAGUGGUGGACCCAAGAGCCAUAUCAGUGCUAGCAAAGUGGCAGAAUUCAUAUAGCAUCAAAGUCGUCCUGCAAGAGCUCCGGCGCCUAAUGAUGUCUAAAGAAAACAUGAAACUCCCUCAGCCGCCCGAAGGACAGUGUUACAGCAAUUAAUCAAAAAGAAAAACCACAGGCCCUCCCCCUCCCCCCCCUCCCAUUCGAUUUAAGCAGUCUUCAUUUUCCACAGUAGUAAAUUUUCUAGAUACGUCUUGUAGACCUCAAAGUACUGGAAAGGAAGCUCCCAUUCAAAGGCAAUUUAUCUUAAGAUACUGUAAACGAUACUAAUUUUUUUGUCCAUUUAAAAUAUAUAAGUUGUGCUAUAACAAAUCAUCCUGUCAAGUGUAACCACUGUCCACAUAGUUGAACUUCUGGGAUCAAGAAAGUAUAUUUAAAUUGGUUCCCAUCAUAACUGGUGGGGCACAUCUAACUCAACUGUGAAAAGACACAUCACACAAUCACCUUGCUGCUGAUUACAUGGCCUGGGGUCUCUGCCUUCUCCCCUUCUCCUCCCCCUGCCUCCCUCCCUCCCUCCUUCCCUCCCUGCAACAGCCCUCCAGCUUGGGGUGGCUUGCUAGAGUAGGUGUGAAGGUUUCAGGUCACAGCCUGUGGGACUACUGCUGGGUGUGUGGGGGUGCUCCAGCUGCACCCCUGCUUUUUUUUAAGUCUUAAAUGAUGCCCCCCACCACCACACCCCCCCCCAAGCCAUUGUCCCUUCUUCACUUUCCACCACCACCCUUGGCCGAAGCAUAGAUUGUAACCCCCUCUGCUCCCCUCUGAAAUUGGCCUUUGGUGAGGAAUUCAGGGCUCUCCCCAUAUCUUCUCCCCCACCUUAAUCGAGGGGUGCUGCUUUUUCCUUCCUCCUCCUCAACUCCCUUUUUGUACCAUCACCACCCAACACUUUUCACAAUACUUCCUUGCUUUGGCCAGAAGCCAUCAGGUAAGGUUGGAAAGAGUCUCUGACUUCCCUCGUUUAGUUUUGGAACCACAUUUACUCACUCUCCACCAGCCUGGGAAGGAAUAUUGGGUCCUCAGCCCUGCCACCCUCUGCUGUCAUCGUCAGCUGAUGCGGUUUUUUAGCUCAGGUUUUGAUAAAGUGAAAAGAACAGUCACCAGGGGUACUCACACCUGCCAGCUCUCAAAGUUCUUGGUGGUUAAACUUGGAGAAAGGCCACAGAAGACACUCGUAAGCACACACGAUCCCUCUGAAUGAAUUUUCUUUUCCUGUAAUUGCUUUUGCUUUUAAAAAUUGAAGAAGUUUUACACAGGGUUCUCAUGUGGUCAUCUUGCAAUCCGUUUGGGUCUAGUUUGGAAUGUGGCAACUGGAACAAAAAGAACCUUGAAUUCGGUGCAUACUUUGGUUUUGGUGCUGCUGUUUCUCACGGUCCUCAGCAGGGAUUGAAAAAGAACUCGGUGUGCACAGCAGAUCCCCGAAAUUGGCGGGCUUGACUUCCUGGCAAAUU